GUUUGGUCAACUGUAAAUUACAAAAUUGCCACUACCUAAACAACGUUUCUUCUCCCGUGAACAUUACGGUUUCUUCUUCUUCCACCACUCCCCCUCAAGAUAUCCCCAAAUUGAAGCCCUAACUCAUCAAAAAUCAAGAUCCAAAAAGUGAUCGAUUUUGCCCGGUUCAAAGAAAUCAGUCAUGCACACAAUCGUGUUGCACUAUGGAGGUACUUUUGGGAUGGAAACUCCUAUCCUAUAUAUGGGGGGUAAAUCGAAGCAAUUUGAUGAUGUAGAUCCAGAAAAGUUUAGCAUGGCUGAUUUGAGAAAUUGGAUUCAAGGGUUGGGCUUCACAGAAAAGGUGAAUGUGUGUUAUGUCUCGCCAACGUGUGUUUUGGGUGACGAGUUGAGAAUGGUUUGCUCGUAUUCUGAUAUGGUGGUUAUGUUCGCGGAGUACAAGGAUAUCGAUGCGAUACAUCUAUAUUUAGAGUAUGAGAUAGAGUUUGAUGUCUUGAAAGAUAUUGAGAUCGGCUUUGAGAGGUAUAAAGGUAAACAAACUUUUGUUGAUGAAGAUGGUGAGAUGUCAACUCAUAAUGAGGGCUUAGCAGAGGAUAGUGAUUUAUCAGAGUCCAGUUCUGAAAAUAUAGAAACCAACGCAAGUCUGCAUGAUGAACUCAUACAUCAUAGUGAUUGUGAUAGUGAAAUGAAUGACACUCCAUUGAACUCUGAUGAAGAAAGAGAUAAUGUCAAUCCUAUUUUUGAUGAAGUUGAGGAUAUGAAAAAUCCUAAAUUAAGGCUGGGGAUGAUUUUUAAAGAUGCUGCUACAUUCAGAAAAGCUCUAAGAGAACACUCUAUCAAAAAAGGAUAUAAUUUUGAAUUUCUGAAGAAUGAAGGUGAUAGAGUUACUGUUAAGUGCGUUGAUGAAUGCCCAUUUAGAGUCCAUGCAUCUAAAAUGCAAGGAUCCAGGACAUUUCAAAUCAAGAGUUUGAUUGAGCAUUGCAUUCAUCCAAGAAGAUAUGAGUUAAAAAGUGUUACAAGUACUUGGUUAGCAAAUAAGUACCUUAACAAACUCAUAGAUGAUCCCAAAUGGGACGUAAAUGCAAUCAGAAAGACUGUGAGGAGAGAGCAAAGUGUUUUUGUGUCAAAAAAACAGGUCUACAGAGCCAAGUCCAAAGCUCUUGAAGCAAUUGAGGGAAAUCAUAAAGAAGAUUUCACUAGGAUUAGAGACUAUUGUGGAAUGAUUUUAAAGACAAAUCCUGGUAGUGUAGCAUGUGUUACAGUUGAGAGAUCCUGGCCAGGUUGUGCACCUUUCUUCCAAAGGGUAUUUGUACAGUACGCAGCACAGAUCAAAGGUUUCAAAGCUGGAUGUAGGCCUGUGAUAGGCCUUGAUGCAUGUCACUUAAAAGGACCAUAUGGUGGACAAAUGAUGCAUGCAGUAGCAAGAGAUGGAAAUAAAAAAAUGUUUCCAUUGGCCAUGGCAGUAGUAGAAGCUGAAAAUAAGGAUUCAUGGACUUGGUUCUUGAAUUUGCUUGGUGAUGUAAUUGGCAGGCCUGAAGAAAUGGGGUGGAUUUAUAUCUCAGAUAGACAAAAGGGUUUAACACAGAGUUUCAAGAAUAUUAUGCCUGGAGCUGAACACAGAUAUUGCAUGAGACAUUUAUAUGCAAAUUUCAAAAAUGUGUACAAGGGAGAUGAUCUGAAAAACUUAGUGUGGGGUGCUGCAUAUGCAUACACAAAGGAAGAGUUCAAAAAACACAUGGAUGAUUUGAAGACACUAAAUGUUGAUGCAUAUCAUUGGUUGAUGAAAGAGCAUCCUUCAACUUGGGCCAGAUCACACUUUUCUACCAAUGCAAAGUGUAAUCUAGUAUCUAACAACAUUUCUGAGUCUUUCAAUAAUUGGAUUAACGAGGCUAGAGACAAGCCAAUUAUCACCAUGAUGGAGCACAUUAGACAUCAGAUGAUGAGCAGAUUCCAAGAGCAAAAAGAUGACCUAAGAAAAUUCUACAGUGAUAUAUGUCCAAAUGUAAUGAAGAAGAUUGAGAAGGCUAAAUUUAAAUCAACAAGUUGUGAAGUUAGAUUGGCAGGGAAUUGGAUCUUUGAGAUAUGUCUAGAGCUCAGAACUUUCAUAGUUGAUCUUCACAAAAGACAAUGUUCAUGUAGAAAGUUUGACUUGACUGGAAUACCAUGUAUACAUGCAUGUGCAGCAAUAAUGUAUGAUAAGAGGAAAGUUGAGGACUUUGUGCAUAAGUAUUAUUGGAAACAAACAUAUAUAAAUGUCUGGGAGGACAUGAUCUACCCAAUUCCUGAUAAGCAAGAGUGGAUUGAGGCAGAAGGUGAGAAACUUCAACCUCCUAUGAUGAGAAUAGCACCUGGAAGGCCAAAAAAAUCAAGAGUGAGAGCCCCUGAUGAACCAAGAGCAUCUGGCGCUAUUAGCAAAGUUGGAAGAAGAAUGACUUGUAGCAACUGCAAUGAAUUUGGUCACAACAAGUUGUCAUGUAAGAAUCCUCCUAAGCCAAAAAGAAAAAAGACAAGUGACAAUGCAGUAGAAUCUUCACGACCGAACAAUAGCAUUAAUCCAACUGGAAACACAAACACUAGUGAAGGCAGAUUUGGUGCUAGAGGUGGAGCUAAUGGAGGCAGAUUUAGUGCUAGAGGUGGAACUAAUGGAGGCAGAUUUGGUGCUAGAGGUGGAAGAAAAACUCGUAUUACAGGUCAUGGGAAUCCAAUUGGACCAAAUGGUGAGACUUUUACUGGAGCUCAUAUAUCGAGAAGAACUACAGUUAGAAAGAGCAACAAGACUACUGUGAUUCAAAAAGAUGUGGCUGAGAAUUCAAGUGGUGUGGUACUUGGUGCAAUUGGUGGGAAUCAGAGGUCAAGUGGUGUGGUUCUUGGUGCAGUUGGUGGGAGUCAGAACUCAAGUGAUGUGGUUCUUGGUACAGUUGGUGGGAGUCAGAGCUCAAGUGGAGUGGGUUUUGGUCCAGUUGGUGGCAAUCAGUGCUCAAUUGGUAGAAUUCACCCUAAGGUAAUAAAGAAAUCAACAAGAUUCGGCGACAUACUCUUCAGUCAAGGCCCAAUCGAUAAACCUGUCUAAUUACCUUGUUUUAUAUUUUGAGUAUAGUUUAAUUUUCUUUUUGAUCAGUUGCUUUUGAAUUUAUCCAAAAUUUGGAAUUUUUGAUGUAUUAUUCAGUUCAUGCAUAAUGUGUUGAAACUGAUUUGCAUAUCCCUUUUUAUGAAAUUUGAAAACUUAUUGUAAUGAAACUGAUUUGGUAUUGAUCAGAUCAUUUUUUGUC